AUGGAUUUAUGCAAAACCUCCAAAUUACUAUUUUUAAUAAUAUCAGUUGGAUAUGUUAGAUAUGCUGAUAGUUCUGAUCAACCAGGUAACCCACAUGUAACUACUGAAAAUGAUAGUGAAGAAGAAGAUAAUUUCGAGGUAACUGAAACUUCUGAAACUCCCAGUGGUUCUGAACCAUUUAAACAGAAAGAUUCAUGUGAUUCAAUAAUUUUUAUGAAAAAAAAUGACGAUGGAAUACUAGUUCCAAUGGACGAAAAAGAAUAUAAACUGAUAUUUGAAAAUCCGUUUAAAAAAAUAUUUAUAUUUCAAAAGAAUCUAGAAAUGCUACUUUGUAAUUAUCAAAAUAUUUUUGAAAACUUAUCUGGAAAUCCUUUUACCGCAUCAUUAACAUAUUUUAAAGAUAAAAGCGUACGAAAGAAGGAAAUGGAGAAUAUGUCCACGGAAACGCCUGGGUCUUAUUAA